CCAACAAUUCCAAUCUAGGCGGGAUGAACAGUGGUUAACGACACAUAUAACGGUUUUCUUUUCAUUUACAUCGGGCUUUAUUUCCCAAUCUCUUUGGCAAAAGCAUGAGAGAUGUCAAGGUCCGCGACACCCGCGUUGCCGCUGCAUAAUGCACAAACCUCCGAUUCACCGCGUCCCUCCUCCACCAACCCAUUAGGUGGACGGCCCGAUGCUCCGUCAUCGACUUCAACCUCCACAUACUCAUGGCUCGAAACUCAUGAGACUGCUGAACGUUUACAUACAUCACUCCUGCAUGGCUUGACGCCUGCUGAAGCAGAAAUCCGUCUUGCCCGCGAUGGCCCCAACGAGCUUCCACACGAAGAACCUGAGCCCCUGUGGCUGCGGUUCCUCAAACAAUUCAAAGAAACCCUAAUUCUCCUUCUACUGGCCUCUGCAGGUGUCUCAUUCAUCAUGGGUAACUAUGAUGAUGCUGUCAGUAUUACCUUGGCAGUCACAAUUGUGGUCACGGUCGGCUUCAUUCAGGAAUAUCGAUCGGAAAAGUCGUUGGAGGCGUUAAGUCGCCUUGUCCCACACUUCGCUCAUCUUAUUCGUGAUAUCCCACCAAUCAGUACCGCUAUCAACAAUGCUACUCAGUCAUCGCCUGGGCCCCGAGAGGAAGCUGAAGAGCUCAGGAGUAAGAGCCCGGGCGCCGCAUCUGCCGCCAUUAAAGCAUCAUCUACCGUCCCUGCAAGUGAACUAGUGCCUGGAGACUUGGUUCUCUUCUCAACUGGCGAUCGUAUUCCUGCAGAUAUUCGGAUCACUGCCGCAACGGAUCUCACGAUUGACGAAUCGAACUUGACUGGUGAGAACGAGCCAGUUGUGAAAAUGUCAAUCCCCCCUCGGUCGCCUUUUUACGAUGCUCCGGCCAGUGGUGCUGUCGGUGCAGAUGUCCGUCUUAAUGAGCAGCAUAACAUUGCGUUCAUGGGCACUCUGGUUCGCUCGGGAUACGGUCAAGGGAUUGUGAUCUCAACCGGUGCGAAGACGGAGUUUGGAAGUAUCUCAGCCUCUCUUCAAGAGAUCGAAAGUCCCCGGACUCCGUUACAAUUAUCGAUGGAUCGGUUGGGUCAGGAAUUAAGUUAUAUUUCGUUUGGAGUGAUCGGUCUGAUCGUGGUCAUUGGCUUGUUGCAGGGCCGCAAGUUGUUGGAAAUGUUUACAAUUGGCGUCUCGCUUGCUGUUGCGGCCAUUCCAGAAGGUUUGCCUAUCAUUGUGACCGUUACACUUGCCUUGGGUGUCCUUCGCAUGGCCAAGAGGGGUGCUAUCAUGCGCAGACUCCCCAGUGUGGAAACUCUUGGCUCCGUCAAUGUCGUUUGCAGUGAUAAGACUGGAACUCUCACGAUGAACCAUAUGACUGUUACCAAGAUGUGGCAUUUUGAUUGCGAUGAAGCAUUCGAGGUUCAGCGGGACAGUGCUUCAACACUUACACCUGGACCAGCAGCACGCACUAUCCUUAGGGUUGGAAACAUUGCGAACAAUGCUCGUCUCUCGCGCACUCACGCAAACUCCCCAGCUAGCGCCUCUUCCGCGGCAGUCUUGUCCUCAACCGUUGACCGGGACUCGAGUGCUGUCAAGAGUCGAUGGGUUGGUCAGCCUACCGAUGUCGCUAUUCUGGAUCUGUUAGAUAAUCUAGGAGAAGAUGAUGUCCGUGAACGGAUAAGCGCUCGUGUGUCUGAAACCCCAUUCAGUUCCGAACGAAAGUGGAUGGGUGUCAUCAUUGGUAGCGGGGCUCCUGGGGAAUCCAAUGGGGGGUCUAAUGUGGCUUAUAUCAAAGGCGCUCUUGAGCAAGUUCUGGCCCGCUCGGAUACAUAUCUGACCAAGGAUGGCCGAGAGGUCAUUUUGGACGAGCCUCGACGCAAAAUCAUCCGAGAUGCGGCAGAGUCCAUGGCAUCAGAGGGUCUUCGAGUUCUUGCCUUCGCCAGCGGUACCGCACGAGGCGAAUCACGGGGUGUGAAGGGAUUUGGCAGCCGGUCUAGCACCCCUGUUUCCAAGUCCAGUAGCCCGAAGGACGACGAUGAUCGGUAUAACGGACUGGUGUUUGCAGGUUUGGUUGGAAUGAACGAUCCACCUCGCAAGGAUGUGCACAAGUCUAUCCGACGUCUAAUGGCUGGUGGAGUUCGAGUCAUUAUGAUUACAGGUGACGCUGAGACAACAGCCGUGGCCAUUGCAAAGAAACUGGGAAUGCCAAUCAAUGAAUCUGCCGGAUCACGAUCAGUUAUGCGUGGUGAUGAACUGGACCACAUGACAACUGCGCAGCUCGCUCAGGCUAUCUCCAACACAUCUAUUUUUGCCCGCACCAGUCCAGACCACAAGAUGAAGAUUGUCCGUGCACUGCAGUCCCGUGGAGAUGUAGUUGCCAUGACUGGCGACGGUGUCAAUGACGCUCCUGCUCUGAAGAAGGCCGAUAUUGGCAUUUCAAUGGGUCUACUUGGCACCGACGUUGCCAAAGAGGCAGCAGACAUGAUUUUGACGGAUGAUGACUUUUCGACUAUCCUUCGAGCCAUUGAACAAGGCAAAGGAAUCUUUUAUAAUAUUCAAAACUUCAUUACUUUCCAGCUCAGCACCAGUGUAGCUGCGCUAAGUCUCGUAUUGCUCAGCACGACCCUCGGUUUCAAGAAUCCAUUGAAUGCCAUGCAGAUCUUGUGGAUUAACAUUCUGAUGGAUGGCCCACCGGCCCAGUCUCUUGGUGUCGAGCCUGUUGAUCCCAUGAUCAUGAACCGGCCUCCACGACCGAAGACCGCGCGGGUGUUGACAAAACCCCUCAUCCAGCGCGUCCUUACUUCUGCCAUGGUAAUUAUGCUGGGCACUCUCUCCAUCUACAUCCAUGAAAUGGGGGAUGCGACUGACGGCCAGCCACUUGGCACCCGGUCCGGCGUGGUCACCGCCCACGACACUACCAUGACAUUCACCUGCUUUGUUCUCUUCGACAUGUUCAACGCCCUUACUUGUCGCAGCGAAGGCAAAUCUGUGCUCCGAGGCGAAAUCGAGCUAUUCGGAAACAAGAUGUUCAACUAUGCUGUCCUCGGCUCAUUGGCUGGUCAAGCCUGUGUCAUCUACCUUCCCUUCCUGCAACGCAUCUUCCAAACUGAGCCUCUCAGUUUUGGAUCCUUGGUAAAGCUUGUUUGUCUGGCGAGCACUGUAUUCUGGGUCGAUGAAGGCCGUAAGUAUUAUCACGCGCUCCGUCGUCGGGGUGGCCUCGGCGCCGGGUAUAGCCUCAACGUCUGA